UCGUCCUCGCCUGGUUACGAGAAAGCGUCGCUCCCUGGUCGCUACGGAGGGAGGGAUGGGUGUUUUGUAGUUAAAAAGACACUUUUGUGCACUUUCCCACGCAGUUAGGACAGCGGUCUGUCAUGGCAGUGUGUGGGAAACGGUUCGCUUUUGUUAAAAUAACAACUUUUCCAAGCUUUAACGUGUGCCCGUCUAUGUUCUACUGCCACUAAUGCAUUGAUCUUUCUUAGAAUGACAGAUAAAGAUUAGUUAGCAUGCUAGCAAGCUAGCUCCUCAGCCUCUGCAUCACCCAGCGACGACACCUGCCAGUGACAGGUUCCUAGGUAGACAUGGGCAAACUACAGAGCAAGUUCCGCAAGAGGUCUGAGCUCUACAGGGCAUCUCAGGCAGAGAAGACAGAUAAUACCUUUGACAGUCAGGUGGUGCAGUAUGAGCCUGCACAUCAUGGGUCCAUUAACACAGUGACCACUCUCAGUCCAGACCUGUGUGUUUCUGGUGGGAGUGACCAGGCUGUGGUGGUGUACGACUGGAAACAAGGCCGGAUGUGUCAGUCUUUCCAGGGCCACAACCGAGAGGUUACCAAGGUGAUUUGUUAUCCAGGUAGUACAUGGAUCUUUAGUGCCUCACGGGACAAAACUGUACUGAUGUGGGACCUCAACCAGGGAGACGAACCUAUUCAGGAAUUCUGUGGGCAUGAGUUGGUGGUCAAUGGACUAGCUAUCAGUCCUGAUGGAAGAAAGCUGUGCACUGGCUCUCGUGACAACUGGAUGUGCCUGUGGGAUAUAGAAUCUGCAAAAUGUGAACAGAGACACAACAUAUCUAGAAACCUGGUGACUCAUGUAUGCUGGGUUCCAGCCAGCUCCUCUAUUGUCCAGACCUCCGAGGAUAAGACUAUAAGGGUGUGGGACAGCCGUGUAUGGCAGGUGACCAAUACUUUUCCAGCUAAGCAGUACAUCCAGACCCACUGUGAUGUCUCUCCAAAUGGAAACUACUUGGUGUCCAGUAGCAAUGGCUUUGGAGGACAGGGGUGUGAAGCCACGCUCUGGGACCUGCGUCAGCCUGGCUGCAAAGUUGUGGAGUACAGAGGCCACCUCCAAACCACAGCCUGCUGUGUGUUUCUCCCCAUGCAUCCUGGUGGCACAGCUCGAGUGGGAACAUCCUCCCAUGACAGCUCUGUCAAAAUCUGGGAUCAACAUACAGCAGUUUGUUUAGGGACGCUGUCUCUGGAAGGUGCCGGUCCACUGGUUUCGUUGGCACCGAGUGAUUCCAGCAAUCUGUUGUGUGCCAGCUUUAACAAUGGCCUUCAUCAUAUCCAGGUGGACCAGGGACCACAGCAGGCUCAGGGUUCUGGUGCAGGUGGUGCAGGGGGUCUGGACGUUAAAGUUGUGGCACGUUUUUGACACCCAAGGAGUGUCAGGUGUGAAUUAUAAUGUGAACAGCCAGAGACUCAGCGAGAACGCAUCGCUGGCUAUGGAAUUCAAGUCAUUUUAUUUUAUUUAUUUAUUUUUUACAGACUUUAUUUCUAUAAACAUUUUUGAUUUAUUAGACUGCCAUGCAGUGAAAAGAGGCGACAAUAAUGACGUAUGGAAGAUGCAACUUUUGUCCAAUAGUGGCCCACCAUGGAUGUCCAUCAUAGGUACUCUUCAUGGGGACUAAAAACAGGAAAUCAUACCUACAGUCACCAGCAGAGUAACAUGAUGGAGGGCAGGAUUUACCUGUUUUUUAUAUAUAAACUGCCACUUUAUUUAGAAAUAUGUACCAUGAGGGUAAACAGCCAUUCCAAUAGGUGAUUGUAGUUUACAUUGAGUGGUUCAAGUUCUUGCACAGUUAACUAAAUUGCCAAAAACUACUAGACAGCCUCUCGCUGUUGUAUUGUUGGUCUAGGCUCUGUAUACAUUGACUUACUUUGUCUAGCUGAUGUUGUCUAUUUAGCCCAAAGUAAUAUUUACAAAAUUUUAUGAGCUGCUGUAGUUUGGUACAGAUGUUGUUUUGCUUUUGUUGGUGAGCUGAUUGCAGUUUGGUCACCGUUUUCUACCACUGACAGUUCUGGCACUAGGUGGUGCUAAUUAAUCUUAACAACUGAACAACUGGACUAGUGGAUUAUUUUUGACAAAUUGAACUGCCCAGAUUACAAAGGAUCAGAUUGAGUGGAUGUCUCAUAAUUAACAGUACAAGAACUUAAGCACUCAAUUAAAUACAAACUAAUGCACGGUGAAAAGAGGAGGAGUGAACCUGCUGUUUGGUCUGUUUUUAUACAUCAUGAGCCAUGAAGGAGAAUUUGAAGCCCAGAAUAAGCAAUCGUUUUUUGUUUCCUGAUGUUUCUUUUUUUUCUUUGUUUUUUUGUUUGUCAGCAAAUGUGAUGUCAGCAAAAGAGCUUGUUUGUAUGCUGAUAAUAUUUAUUAGUUUGUAUUUUAACGUCAACCUGUUGGGGUUUAAAGAUCAGGUCAGUGCAACACCAAACUGUAACACAUCUGGUUGCCAUGUAAACGUAAAUGGACAAAGACUUUUUUUUUUUUUUUUUUAAA